ACGCACUUUAUAGUGACGCUUGCUCCCAUCAGUUGUUAUUGUUUUGCUGUAUGGAGCCUGGAAGUUAAUAUUCAUAUAAACAGGACCGCCGUUGUUUGUCACCCCCAAGCGAUACGAUCAGUAUCGUUUAUCUCAUUCAUAGUUUUAAACGAUUGGAGGAUCGUUCGCUGUCGGUGCUUGCAUGCUUACGAUCCGGGGCUAGUCCGUCCGGACAUUACUCUCCCGGAGGACUGUGAGCGUGGCGUUUGGAGUCGGGGCAGAGGAGGAGGAGAAAGCGGAGGAGGCCCCGGUGUGGAUCGAACCGAUCACGAGGCCUCUGAGCUCGGCCAGCGAGAGGACUGGGUAAACUGGCGGCUCGGAUGGAUUCCCAGGACGAAUCGGAUGGCGGACCCGAGAUGCUCCGAGGUUUCAUCUGUGCCUCGUUUAAUCAGGAUACUACCAAGAUUUUCAGAGGUCCAGAUGGUACUGCAGGCUGUGUCACAGCUCAGAUUUCCUGUCUGACACAUGACUCCCUGUCGGUGGGCACCAAGACGGGCUACCGUCUUUUCUCAGUCACCGCCGUGGACAAACUGGACUGCAUCCAUGAGGGAGUGGAGUGUCCCGAUGUGUGCAUCGUGGAGCGGCUGUUCUCCAGCAGCCUGGUGGUGGUGGUGAGCCAAUCCGUGCCGCGGCGGAUGAACGUCUAUCACUUCAAGAAAGGUACCGAGAUCUGCAACUACAGCUACACCAACAACAUCCUUUCUGUCAAGCUCAACAGGCAGCGACUGGUGGUGUGCCUGGAAGAGUCCAUUUACAUCCAUAAUAUCAAAGACAUGAAACUCCUCAAGACCCUUCUCAACACCCCCACCAACCCGUCAGGUCUCUGCGCCCUGUCCGUCAACCACGGCAACUCUUUCUUGGCAUAUCCAGGCAGCGCCACUCUUGGCGAGAUCACAGUGUACGACGCAAACAACCUGAGCACCGUGACGCUGAUCCAGGCCCACGCCAGUCCCCUGGCGGCGCUCACCUUCAACGCCUCCGGCACCAAACUCGCUAGCGCUUCGGAGAAGGGCACCGUGAUCAGGGUGUUCAGCGUUCCCGAAGGACAGAGGCUGUUUGAGUUCCGGCGGGGGAUGAAAAGAUACGUUAGCAUUAGUUCAUUGUCCUUCAGCGCCGACGCGCAGUUUCUGUGUGCCUCCAGCAACACCGAGACGGUCCAUAUCUUCAAAUUGGAACAGCACAGUCCCAGUCAAGAGGAGGAGUCUCCCACGUGGUCUGCGUACGUGGGGAAAAUGUUCACAGCUGCCAGCACCUACUUACCAGCUCAGGUGUCCGACAUGAUGCAUCAGGACCGAGCCUUCGCCACCGUGCGACUCAACACGUUCGGCCUGAAGAACAUCUGCGCCCUGGCGACGAUUCAGAAGCUGCCUCGCCUGCUGGUGGCGUCCUCGGACGGCCAUCUUUACAUCUAUAACGUCGAUCCGCAGGAUGGAGGUGAAUGUAUGCUGGUCCAAAAACACAGGUUGUUCGAUGGCAGCGAGGAGCAGGUGGAACAGAAGGGAGACGAGACGCCAGUAGAGGUCUCCAGUCAACCGGCCGGCCAAUCCUACGCAGCCACCGUCGCUCUUCCCUCCAGCCCGCCAUGCUCGACCACACUCUUGGGGUACUCGGAGGACGGGGGAACGCAGAAGGGGGACGUCAUCCCAGAGCAUGAGUUCGCCGAGGGCCCCGUGUGUCUGGAUGACGAAAACGAAUUUCCUCCAGUCAGUAACUAGAUAAACUCUUAAAGCCCCCCCCCCCCCCACACCCCUCACUACUGAUCCCUAACUGUUGGAUGUAGAGAGAAAGGGAGGUGGGUGGGGUGCACUAUGAAAACCAGCCGCUUCCUCCUUCCACACAUACCCCUGCAGGUCAAGGGGACUAACCCUAUCAGAAAGUCCCAUACGGGGGUUUUGGGAUUUUGUCGAGACCUACAAACACAUUCUUGGAGCGGACAUUUUACUCAAUAGAAACAUCUCACAUUCUGUUUCUGACAAAGUCUACCUUAUCACGCCACAAAAUACGGUAGUGUUCGAAUUUGGGAGUGACGUUGCCUGCGGCGUCACAGAAGCAAAUCGCAGGCUACGUGAUUUUUGAUAGAUCGUCGCGUGACGUCGACUUAAGCACCGACCUUUUGACGAGGUCGACAUUCCCUAAAAGUGGUCCUUGCAUGUUGCUCGGCUUAUGUUCGAGAUGACACUGAAAAGAGAGAAAUUAGGAGUAAGAGUAGAAUUACACAAAUGAAGCCAUCGGUAUGGGUGGAAAGUCGAUAGUUUUACAAGAAAAAUAGCUGUCAUUUCAAGAUAAUAUAAUAUAUAUAAUAUAAUUUCAAUAAAAUUGUAAUUUUAUGACAGAAAAUUUUGGACUCGCCGAGAAUAAAGAAACAUUUAAAUAGAAUAAUGUUGUAUUAUGUUAAAAAGUAAUACAUUAAUGAGAAAAAAAAUCAUAAUUUUAAAGAGAAUAAGUUUGUGAUUCUGCAAGAAUCAAAUUGCCACUUAAGAGAAUAGGUUGGACUUUUAUGAGAAUAAAAUAAUAACUUUCAAAUUAUGUAUUGAAGGUUGGAAUAAAUGAAUACUGUCAGACAUUCCCAGGGGGGGAAAGAAAAGUCAUUUUUAAUUUUAGGAAAAUACAUGAUUUAUAGAGAAUGAAGUUCAUUACUUGAUAACAUUUUUUUAAAUGGAUAUUUAUCAGAUGAACGUAAAAUAGGAUUUGAUUUAUGAUAAAUCAUCUAUAAGGAAUGAAAAGAAAUGUUUAGGAGAGAAAAGUCGGCCUUUUACGAGAAUCAAGGUUUUGCGUUUUUUUUUUCCUUUGGGCGUGGUCCUAUUAACAUUUUACACCUAGGUUUUGGCACAGCCACAAAAUAACAACUCAAUCGUUUGACGAGAGUAUUUUUUUUUGAAUGAUUUUAUUAUUGAUUUAUGAUUAGAUUUUUUUAUGAUCCACCGUUCUCAGCGGUGUAACCAUAAUGUCAUCCAGGGAGCAUGCAUGCUGUAAAGUGCAGAUGACGCGGCCCAGCUACACCCCCAUAGCACAAAGCUGGCAGGGGGGGGGGGGGGUGUAAAAAAAUAGCUUUUGUGUAUCCUGCUGAAAACAAACCAAAGGAAGCAUGUGGAAACCUCCUUCGUGGCAGUUGUUACGUCUAGUCUUAAUUAUGAUUUUUAUUUUACAUUUCUACGCAAAAGGCUCCUUGCAAAGUGUGCAUUGUUGCAGUUGAGUCUGCUUGAUAGGGUACUUUCUGUUUUUGCACAAGAUCGACCAUAACGGUAUUUCCAUUUGUAUUUUUCAUCAACAAAGCCUCACAGUUUGAGUCGCCAUCACCUCCAGACAAAGAGUAUUUCAAAUAAGAGCAUUCAAAUCAUGCACUUUUUUUUUUCUUACGGAUAACGCUACGAUUAACGAUGCAGCUGUGAUACUAAUUCUGGUAGCGAGUGGAACAUGAGAAGAUAUGUGAAGGAGCCAGUGGUUAAAUGUGAAACUCUUUAACGGCGUACGAUCAAGUGACAAGACAGGUCCUUGAAUUUCAAUAUGGUUAUUUUUGAUGAUAGGAAACGGUUUUACACGUUAACGCAAACUGACCAUGCAGACCUAUAUUUUCUUUUUUUUUUACUUUGUGUAAAAUGUGUGUAUAAAUCGCAUCCACUACUCACCAAAAAAGUUUGAGGUACUGGUGCUUCCUGGUAGCCUGCUGAUUGACAAGUGAUCACGUGCUGGUCGAUUCACGGACAAGAAACAUUUUGCAUUCCAGUUCCUUCUUACAGACGAGCAAGUUGUGCAAAAA